GGCGGUGCCCGCGGCCCAGUUCCUGGUGGCGGGGAUGGCGCGGCGGGCGGCUGUGCCGCCGGGGCUGUGUCUGUCCUUCAGCCGCCUGCUGUGCCUGUCCCUGUCCCUGUGCCUGUCCCUGUGCCCGCCGCGCCCGGCGGCAGCGCGCCCUUCCGCCCCGCACCUGGUGCUGGUGCUGGCCGACGACCUGGGCUGGGGCGACGUGGGCUGGCACGGCUCUGCCAUCCGCACGCCGCGGCUGGACGCGCUGGGGGCGGGCGGCGUGCGGCUGGAGCGCUACUACACACAGCCGCUCUGCACGCCGUCCCGCAGCCAGCUCCUCUCGGGCCGCUACCAGAUUCAUACAGGUUUACAACACCAGAUAAUUUGGCCAUGCCAGCCCAGCUGUCUGCCACUGGAUGAGAAACUCCUACCAGAGCUACUUCAAGAAGCAGGAUAUGUUACUCAYAUGGUGGGGAAGUGGCAUUUGGGGAUGUACAGGAAAGAAUGCCUUCCAACUCGCAGAGGAUUUGACACUUACUUUGGCUAUCUCCUGGGCAGUGAGGAUUACUACACUCAUGACCGCUGUGUCCUUAUCAAAACAAAAAACGUGACGCGCUGUGCUCUGGACUUUCGGGAUGGAGAGGAAGUGGCAACUGGAUUUAAAAAUGUGUACUCCACAAAUUUAUUCACAGAAAGAGCUAUAGAUCUUAUAGCCAAUCACAAAACUGAGAAGCCCCUCUUUCUCUACCUCGCCUUUCAGUCUGUGCAUGAACCUCUCGAGGUCCCUGAAGAAUACCUGAAACCAUAUUCUUCCAUAGAAGAUGUUAAAAGGCGCCAUUAUGCAGGAAUGGUAACUCUUAUGGAUGAAGCGGUAGGAAAUMUUACUGAUGCUCUGAAAGCAUACGGUCUUUGGAACAACACCGUUUUUGUUUUCUCUACUGAUAAUGGAGGACAAACUUUAGCAGGUGGGAAUAACUGGCCACUGAGAGGGAGAAAAUGGACCCUCUGGGAAGGAGGAGUGAGAGGUGUCGGCUUUGUUGCAAGUCCUUUGCUGAAACAAAAAGGUGUAGAGAAUCAUGAACUCAUCCAUAUCUCUGACUGGCUGCCAACCCUGGUGCACCUUGCUGGAGGACAGACCAAUGGCACUAAGCCUUUGGAUGGCUUUGAUGUUUGGAAAGCUAUCAGUGAAGGAAGACCUUCUCCCAGAGUAGAACUGCUGCAUAACAUAGACCCCAUGUUUGUGGAUAACUCCCCAUGUCUUGGCAUUGAGAAGAGGACACCUUUACCACAGAGCAAUUCUUCUCAAUGGGAUGAUACCCUUUUCAAUAUAUCUAUKCAUGCAGCAAUACGACAUGGAAAAUGGAAGUUACUAACUGGAUAUCCAGGCUGCAGUCAUUGGUUCCCUCCGCCGUCUUUGUUCAAUGAGUCACAGAUUCAAUCGUCUGACCCACCAGAAAAGAGACUUUGGCUGUUUGAUAUUGUUCGUGAUCCUGAAGAGAAAUAUGAUGUGUCUGAAAAAUAUCCUCAUGUGGUGGAAAAACUGCUCUCACGGCUUCAGUAUUAUCAUAAACAUUCAGUGCCUGUGUUCUACCCUGAUGAGGAUCCCCGCUGUGAUCCAGCAGCAACUGGGGCUUGGGGUCCUUGGAUGUAGUGCACAGCUUUGCAUCCUACAAAAAUACCUCUGUAGCAGAGUCUGGUUUAUGGACUCAGAGUCCUAGUCAUGUAUUUUGUACUUUCUUUAAUGAACUAUUGCUAAUUGUACAUUUAUUCUUUGAAUAAUUCAUUAUUUCUUACUCUUGAUACAUCUGGAAUCUUAUUUCACUCUUUUCCCACUCUUUUGUUGCCAAAAGUUGUGUGUGAAA